AUAUAACACGUUAACCUACAUUUUCUAUAGUAAUCUCGUUAUAUCAUUUUAUAUGCUUUCGGAACUCCACCCUGCCUGCAUUCCGGAUUCCCCGCAUCUGGUCGCUGAGGUGCCUGGGCGCCAGUCAGCAAGCUGGACCCCGCCAUGUUCGAGGAUUUCACUCCAGCUGAUUUGGAGGAGGCAGAGCAGGAGCAGGAAGAGGAUGUCUUACCUCCACCCUCAGAGGAGGAUAUGGCUUUGCGGCACUUGCAGCGCAUGGGCGGGCAGCAGUUGGCGUUGGUGAAGGAGAGCGGCUCACUCAGGCCGGCGCUGACCUUGAGCAAGAAGUACUCCUUGCCUCCCUCCGAGAUCCAUUUCGAGACGCGGAACGAAGCGGACCUCACGUUGCACUUCUCCGGCGGCGCCGUGUGCAUCCGCUUCUUCACAGACAGCAGCCGGGAACUUUGGAGGAGGGGCCUGGCUUACGUGCUCACCAAAUCGGAGAAAGGUUGGGAGCGUCAGUACUGAGCGGUGACCGUGCCGCCUCGUCGGACGGUCGAUGGAGCUGGUGGCGAGCGGUAGGGAAGGAAUGGGACUAGUGCUGAAAGUCCG